AUGACCGGCAGCUAUCUCACUAAGGUAUUGGAGAGGCGACGCCUCUGUCUUGCCGUCUUCUGGAGACGGCCUCCCGCUGUGUGGGACAGCGCCAGCUGCCGCUCCGGCUUGGGACGAGCAAUCACGGCUACGCCCCAGUUUGCCGCCCACUCGUUCCGGCGCCACCCCGUGCCUCACCCCUUAGCUGGGCCGGAGCAGAAACUGGCUGAAGACUCGCCGUGCCCCCGGAUCGUCAGCCGCGAGGAGUGGGGCGCUCGGGAGCCAUUGGUCCCUCACGAGAACCUGACUAUCUCGCCGGUACCAUAUGUGGUGGUCCAUCACGGCGGCCUGCAGGAGUACUGCUUUGACGAGGAGGCGUGUGCCGCCAUUGUACGCUCUUACCAGGACCUGCACAUGGACACCAACGGCUGGGACGACAUCGGAUACAACUUUCUGGUGGGCGAGGAUGGCAACGCCUACGAGGGCCGAGGCUGGGACACCACGGGGGCCCACGCGCCGGUCUACAACCAGCAAAGCAUCGGUAUCUGUGUCAUCGGAGACUUCUCAGAUCGGCUCCCAAACGAUGCGGCUCUGGAGGCCCUGCAGAAUAUGAUGGCCUGCGGUGUGUCCCUGGGUAAGGUCAGCGACUCGUACCUGGUGUUGGGCCACCGGCAGGUCAAGGCGACGCUGUGCCUGGGCUACCCUUACGCCUGGGUGAUGCAGCUGCCCAACUGGACGGACGACCCUCAGCCCUGUGUAGACGAGGAGUGCCCCGAUCCGCCAGUUGGCUCCAGGCUGCGCACGAACCCACACUCCAGCCUGCUCAGCAGACGCUGA